AUGGAUCAAAUUUUGUUCUGCAUAAACGAGAAAUGCACUUCCCAAUCACGGUUAUUGUUAACUAUGGCAGACGUGCCCAAGCACAAUGACAAGUCUCAUAAAGUCGUAUAAUUCAAGGAGUUCAAAUCAUAUGUCAUGGAAAAAUAUGGAGAUGCAGAUUUGUAGAAAAUUCAGAAAAUCACAAGCAACGAAAAGGUUAUCAAGGAUGCAAUCUCUAAGAUAAUUAAAGAAGUAAAAGAGAAGUUGGAUUUGUUUGAAAUUAAUGAAAUCAAGAAGAUGCCAAGUUUACAAUAGUAAGGAAAACCGAAAAUCUAGAAGGACAUAACAGCUGACUUGUUAAAGACUGUAGUGGAAUUCCAAGUGGAAAAGAUUCCCAAAUACGGUUUCAUUUUGGAACAGAUAGAUGAUCGUAUGAAUAAGUUGAAAACUGAAGUCGCUGGAAUGUUGAAAGCCUAACAAUACGAUUUAUAGAUAACUACCUUGGGUAAUGUUAAAUACACAUGGAGUGAUCAAUUUAAGGCCAACAUUUAUGCCAUCAAAGAUGAUGCAAAAAGGGAAAUUGAAGCAACAACAUCAUUUAUGGGGUGGUCAUUUGCAUGCAUCCAAUAAUAGUUGACUUCCUAAAAGAGAUGGGAAACGAAAUUGGAGAUUAGAGCAAGUGAACCUGAUUAAAAGACUUUAUAGGCCAGUUAAUUGGGACAGUCCUAAUUAAAGAAAUAAUCAUACAGUUUUGCUGUUGGAAUUACACUCUAAAAGGUGAGAUAACAAAAAGGACUUGAGUAAUAAGAUUUGGCUACUGUAGGUCAUGGUUUUUACUUAAUUCGGUCUGAUGGAUGGACUUGCCACAAUUCAGAUAAAAAUAUUAAUUGGAAAUAAGGAUUAUGUUUCACUCCAGAACCUAAGGAUGUGAUAUUAAUUAAAUUCGAUCCGACUGAUGGCGAUCUUCUGUUUGAACAAGGCAAGAACAAAUACUAAAUGAAGGUGGAGAGACCUUAAAAUGAAGUGUUUUUAUUUUGUGUACACUUAAAAGGAUGUAAGGCCAAGAUAUUGGAUUGA